AUGUUUCGUUCGAUACCGCGUCGCCUCCCUCGAUUCGCCCGCGCUCCAGCUGUCGCCCGCCCAGCGCUUCGCACCUUCACAUGCGGUUACCCUCGGAUGUCAUCUCCGCCGGUCCGACCAGUCUCAACGGCGUUGCCGGCCGACGCAUACCAGCUGUUGUCGACUUCAGAGAAAGCUGGCGCAACCGAGGACGCACUCUACGACCAACAGAUCCGCGAUGUGGAAGCAUGGUGGAAUUCGCCCCGGUUCGAAGGCAUCAAACGACCGUACUUGGCGGCCGACGUCGUGAGCAAGCGCGGCUCCCUGCAACAGACAUACCCCAGCUCUUUGAUGGCACGGAAGUUGUUCAAUCUCCUCAAUGAACGAGCGACGGCCGGUCAGCCAGUUCAUACGAUGGGCGCCAUUGACCCUGUCCAAAUGACCCAGCAGGCCCCCAACCAAGAAGUCCUGUACAUUUCAGGCUGGGCAUGCUCGUCGCUGCUGACGACCACGAAUGAAGUCUCGCCCGAUUUUGGCGACUACCCCUACAACACCGUCCCGAACCAGGUCCAACGCCUGUUUAAAGCGCAGCAAAUGCACGACCGGAAACAGUGGGAUGCACGACGCAAGUUGACGGCCGAACAACGAAAAUCUACUCCUUAUACUGACUACAUGCGACCCAUCGUUGCCGACGGCGAUACCGGACAUGGCGGCCUGACAGCCGUUCUCAAGCUGGCCAAGCUGUUUGCAGAAAACGGCGCCGCGGCAGUUCACUUCGAAGACCAACUCCACGGCGGCAAGAAAUGUGGUCAUCUGGCAGGCAAGGUGCUUGUCCCAAUGGGCGAGCACAUCAACCGACUUGUCGCUGCACGUUUCCAAUGGGACAUAAUGGGAUGCGAAAAUCUUGUUAUUGCGCGCACCGACUCCGAGAGCGGCCGAUUGAUCAGCAGCGCCAUUGACGUACGCGACCACGAAUUCAUCCUCGGUAUUACGGAGGAAGUCGAGCCCCUGGCCGAGACCUUGCAGGCAAUGGAGCGAGAGGGUGCCUCGCCGACCGAGAUCGACGCUUUCGAACUCGACUGGGUCAAGAACCACAAGCUGGUCACCUUUGACGAAGCUGUUGACGCCCACCUCGAAGCUGAGGGUGCCUCCCAGUCCGCACGCAAUGCCUACAAGACCCAGGCACAGCAGAACCCCGACCUUUCCAUCUCUCGUCGCCGCGCCCUGGCCAACGACUACACCAAAUCGCCCGUUGUCUGGUCCUGCGACAGCCCACGCACCCGUGAAGGAUUCUACCACUACCGCGCAGGAUUCCCGGCCGCCACCAAGCGUGCACGGGAGUUUGCACCCUACGCAGAUCUCCUGUGGGUCGAAACUGGUGAUCCCAACGUCGAACAAGCAGGGAAACUGGCGGGUGAAGUGCGCGCAGCAUUCCCGGGCAAGAAGCUCGUUUACAACCUCAGUCCGUCCUUCAACUGGAUGGGACAAGGAUUCGAUGAAGCAUCUCUGAAGUCUUUCAUCUGGGAUCUGGCCAAGCAUGGAUUUGUCCUGCAAUUGAUCUCUCUCGCCGGCCUCCACACCAACGCCACGAUCACAACUGAACUGUCCCGCGCUUUCAAGGACGAGGGCAUGCUGGCGUACGUGCGCCUGAUUCAAUCGCGCGAGAAGGACUUAGGUGUCGAUGUCCUCACGCACCAGAAGUGGAGUGGUGCCCCCUACAUGGACGGUAUUUUGGGAGCGAUCCAGAGUGGAAGCAGCAGCAGCAAAAGCAUGGGUGAAGGCAAUACCGAGAAGGGCUUUUGA